ACAGUAUUUCGUGGAGGAGGUGAGGAGGUUGUCGUGGACGCGUCAGCCGGCUCCGAUGCAAGUCUGGUUUCAUCAGCUUCAUAUAAGCCAGCACGGUACGCGCGCGCCACGCAGUAGGUAUUCGGAACGUCAGCGCUCGCUCCGUGUCGUUGCCGGUCAACGGUUCGCGCUUGCGCAUCCCGCAACUACUACCGCGAUCGACAAACGUACGAAAACAAAAAUGCGGAUUUACUAAACUGAACUGAAUUUGCGUGAUUUUUUUUUACGUAAACACACGUAUAGUUAAUUUUGCUUGUUGUUUUAAAAAUACGAACAUUAAAAAAAAAACUGAAAAAAUCAAAAUGGUCAGUGGAAAUAAAGACGCGAACGAUCCCACGAAGAUACCGCCGAAGAAUCGUGAAAAGAAAUCUAAUAAUUACAAGAGAGCGAACUUCCUCUCGAAGGCAUGGUUCGUCUGGAUGAUGCCGACUUUCUGGCGUGGCUACAAACGAGAUCUCUACGAUUCUGAUCUCACGAAGCCUAAAGAAAACCAUCAUUCCGACAAGCUUGGUGAUCGGCUUGAAAAAAAAUGGUUGGAGGAAAUAGCUUUGGCAAACAAGAUUGGUCGAAAGCCUUCCCUACUCCGCGCGAUGACGAAAACCUUCUGGAUGAGCUACGCGCCCUCUGGUCUUAUGUUUCUAGUACAGGCACUAUUAUUUAAGCCAUUCCAGCCUGUCGUUUUGAGUAUGAUGCUCGCCUAUUGGGAACCAGGGUCCGACAUGACAUAUGAGCAAGCGGUGUACUGCGCCACCACUGUGAUACUGAUGUCUUUGAUAAUCGCCUUCCUGAAUCACCACGGUUCGUACUCCACACAACAAUUUGGAAUGAAAGUGCGCAUCGCUGCCUGCUCUCUCAUUUACAGAAAAGUGAUGCGAAUGAGUUCCAGUGCUUUGGCUCAAACAACAGCCGGUCAAGUAGUCAAUCUACUGUCCAAUGAUGUGAACAGAUUCGACUACGCAUUCAUCUACACACAUUUUAUUUGGCUCCUGCCUCUCCAAGUGAUAGUGGUCUGCUACCUCAUCUACAUCAAAAUCGGAUAUGCGGCUGUCGUCGGUGUCAUCGGCAUCGUGUUGCAAACAAUACCCGUUCAAUCGUACAUGAGUAAACUGGCGGCGAGGCUGCGCAUGAAAACAGCAUGCAAAACAGAUGAACGUGUCAGAAUUAUGGACGAAAUCAUUAGUGGUAUGCAGGUUAUUAAAAUGUACGCUUGGGAGAAGCCUUUCGAGCAAGUUGUAGCCCUGGCUCGGAAGAACGAAAUCAACUGCAUCACGUCAGCGUCUUACCUCCGAGGAGUGUACCUGAGCUUCAUGGUGUUCACGGAACGACUCACGCUAUAUAUCACAUUACUUUCGCACUCUUUAUUCGGUUAUCAAGUCACCGCUGAUAUUGUAUUCCCGUUGGCGCAAUUCUACAACACACUACAAGGGACUCUGUCGAUAAUCAUGUCUAACGCCGUAUCGUUUUUGGCUGAGGCUUUGAUCUCGAUACAACGCCUCGAAGCGUUCUUGCUGUUUGAUGAGAGAGAGGAUUUACGUAGUGUCCCUGAUGUGGACAUUGCUAAGCUAGUACAGAGCAUUGACCAUCAAAAAAAAAAGAAACUUAGUGAAGUGGAAAAAACUACUAGUACUUUUAAGAAAAUCGAUGAAGAAGAUUAUUUCAAUCUGGGAUUUGAAUGCACAGAAAAGGGUUUGACGAUAAUUUCUCAACCUCCUCGUGAUCCCCCCGUAAGUCCUGAUAUCGGAAUCUUAAUACAAGACGUGUCUGCCAAUUGGACGGAGACUGGCCCUCUCACAUUAUGUAACGUUAACAUCACAGUACCGAAAGGAAAACUCUGCGCUAUAAUCGGAUCUGUGGGCUCUGGGAAGAGUUCCAUAUUACAGUUACUUUUAAAUGAACUACGCCCUAUAAGUGGACGUGUUUAUCACUCCGGCCCACUGUCAUAUGCAAGUCAGGAGCCUUGGCUUUUCGUGGCGACGGUCAGACAGAACAUUCUAUUUGGCCUACCGUACAACCCCAAAAAAUACAAAGAGGUUAUUAGAGUGUGUGCCCUUCAAAAAGACUUUCAACAGUUUCCACACGGAGAUCAAACCUUAGUAGGUGAACGAGGCGCGUCCCUUUCUGGAGGACAAAGGGCUCGUAUCAACCUCGCUAGAGCUGUUUAUAGACAAGCGGAACUGUAUCUCUUGGAUGAUCCUUUAUCGGCGGUGGACGCUCAUGUCGGUCGGCAAUUGUUCGAUGAGUGCAUCAGCGGAUACCUCCGGCACACAACUCGAGUGCUUGUCACACAUCAACUACACUACCUCAAGGCUGCCGAUUAUAUAAUCAUCAUGAAUAAUGGUACGGUAGACGCUUGUGGAACAUACGAAGAACUAAUGACUUCCGGUAAAGACUUCGCCAAACUUUUAACCUCUUUGCAAGACGAGAAUGAAGAUGAACCUAAAAAACUACCUUUGCCAAUGUCCAGGCGAACAUCAGCCCGGUUAUCAACAACACGUCGACCUUCGAUGUCGGAGUCAAUGACUGGUUGCGAAGGUCCUGCACAAGAGAUGGAGGAGGAAGAAAGAGAAUCAGGCUCGAUGGGCUGGCACGUUUACAAAGCAUAUCUGACGGCUGGCGGAGGAAGUACUCGGCUGAUGUUUACUGUUCUUAUACUCGUAAUAGGACAACUAUCGGCCACGCUUUGUGACUAUUGGGUUACAUUCUGGACUAACGAAGUUACAAGAAUGAAAGAAAAAGAAAGCAAUAAUACCACAAAGGACUAUGAACUAAUGCUGACACCGAAAAACAAUACCUUUAGUGUUACCAACUACUUCUCCGGAACUGAAGCCCAACCAGAUCUAAACAUCCACGCAUUCAUCGGUCCUCUGGAUACGGCGCAGUAUCUCUACGUUUACACAGCACUGAUCAUUUGCUGUAUCUUCUUCAUAACGGCCCGAGCGUUUAUGUUCUUCAAAGUUUGCAUGACGUCCUCCAGGAACCUCCACAACGACAUGUUUCACUCGAUGCUUAGAGGCGUAAUGCGAUUCUUCGAUUCCAAUUCUUCUGGUCGUAUUUUGAAUAGGUUUUCAAAAGACAUUGGAGCUUUGGACGAGCUCUUGCCGCGUUUCUUGCUGGAGUGCAUACAAAUAUAUUUGGUGAUGUUCAGCAUCCUGGCGUUGAAUGCAGCGGCUUUAAUAUGGACUUUACUGCCCACCACAAUCAUAUUGCUCCUAUUUUACACGAUACUGCAAAUAUACCUAAAAUCUGCACAGUCUAUCAAACGAUUGGAAGGCACAACACGAAGCCCGGUGUUUUCUCACAUGUCGGCCACUCUCAACGGCAUGAGCACAAUCCGUUCUGCAGGAGCACAACAAAGAUUGAUUCAGGAAUUUGAUAAUUUCCAAGAUAUACACACGUCAACAUGGAGCAGCUAUUUAGCAAGUGGCGUCACCCUUGGCUUUUGGCUCGAUUUAAUCUGCGUGCUGUAUCUGGCGAUCGUCAUUAUAGCCUUCCUCGUGAUAGACAGCAAGACAAUAUUUUCCGGAAAUGUGGGUCUAGCGAUUUCGCAAACGCUAAUCUUGACAGGAAUGUUGCAAUUCGGUGUAAGACAAACAGCUGAAGUCAUCUCGCAAAUGACAAGUGUCGAAAGGAUAUUGCAGUACACACACAUCGAAAGGGAAAGUCAGUGGGAAAAAGGAGAACGCGAAACUCCGAAAGGCUGGCCGUCGAAUGGUCGUAUUGAGUUCCGUAACUGCUUCAUGAAGUACACACCUCAAGACCUGCCCGUACUGAAGAAUCUCAAUUUAGUCAUUGAAAGUGGAUGGAAGGUCGGCAUCGUGGGUAGAACGGGUGCCGGAAAAUCUUCUCUGAUAUCCUCCUUGUUUCGACUUGCGAUAGUUGAAGGAGAGAUUCUCAUUGAUGACAUCGAGACCGGAUAUUUGGCUCUACAGGAUCUUCGUUCGAAGAUAUCGAUAAUCCCUCAAGAGCCGGUAUUGUUCUCGGCCACCGUACGAUACAAUUUGGAUCCCUUCAAUAACUACAAGGACGAGGAAUUGUGGAAAGCUUUGGAAGCUGUUGAUCUAAAGGCCGCUGUUCCUUCUUUAGAUUUCAAGGUAUCCGAAGGUGGAUCUAACUUCUCUCUUGGACAAAGGCAAUUGGUUUGUCUCGCGCGUGCUAUCUUACGAGGAAAUCGUAUUCUGGUUCUGGACGAAGCCACCGCUAAUGUUGAUCCCAAAACUGACGAAUUUAUUCAAAGAACGAUACGGACACGAUUUGCUGAUUGCACCGUGCUGACUGUAGCGCAUCGUCUUAACACCAUCAUGGACUCCGAUAGAGUAAUGGUGAUGGAUGCCGGACGGCUUGUGGAGUUCGAUCAUCCCUACAAACUGCUCAGUAAUCCCGACGGCUAUUUCGCGAAAAUGGUUAAAGAAACAAAUGAAAAAAUGUCCCAACAAUUAUAUGAAAUAGCGAAAGAUACGUACAUAAAAAACGGAGGUAGAAUUGAGUAAUUCUUAGUAUAAAUAGCGAAGUUAAUUAGUACACUAAUAUAAAUAAUCACGAAUUUUAAGUUUUCUUUAUAAUUCAUACUGAUUUUUAUAUGUUUUUACGAAUAUAGAUUAGUUGUACGUUUAGGCGUAGAAGGACAAUCAUGAUGAAACUUCCCAGUUCAAAAUUUAAUCAUCACUUUGGGGGAUGUAUUAGCCUUGAUUAAAAGCCUAGAUCCUGAAGGUUUGACAUUUUUUUUUUCUUUCAAUGGCAGUUAUAACCAUAAAAUGAAAUAGCGUACCAUAAAAUGAAUUAAUGUUAAAACUUUAGUAUGUCUAUGUAUGAUAGUUAUAUCCCUAAUUAUUUAUGUUGCAGGGCUCUACAACACACUCAAAUUUAAUUACAAUCGGUACAGCCAUUUCGGAGCUUUCUUUCUGUUUCUAAAAAAAAUAUUUCCUCAAAAACACUUUGGUUUAACAUGUGAAACUUUGAGGAUCUUAUUAUUUUAUCAAUAGCAACAUCUCCCCGAAGUGGCGAUUAUAAUAUAUGUUUAUUAUCUGUCGGAAACUUUAUCAUGCAUAACCCCCUAUACCGUUCGAAUAAUAUUGUAAUCCAAAAGAAAGAAAAAUGCUGAUUCGUUAAGUAGAUAUUAUAAGACUAGGUUUUGGGAUUAUUUUACAACAAUGUUGAUUAAAAGUAACCAAUAACUCUAUGGAAAUAUAUAAUCUAUUUGUUUUAGUUCCUGCACCAUAAGAUUGUACACAUUUAGAAUUUGAAAAUGUUUUUACAAAAUGUGUGUUGUGCUCACGUUGGUCAAAUAAACUUUAGGAAUAAGUUUUAAUAAUAAUAUAGAAUACGUUAUUUAUUUUGCGAUAUAAAUGUGUAACUGUAUAAAAUUGUAUGAAUACGAAGCUAUCAUGAUAAAGGCCAUAGAGGUUUACUUCGAACAAAAAUAAACAAUAUUGAAUUA